UUGAGAGCUGUAAGCAGUGACGCGAUAGACCGUGCCAGUAGUUUCAGUAGAGAAAACACAUAGUUGGUCGGACGAGGAAGAACUUAUGCUCGUCGCGGGGCAAAGGAGGAAGCUGGAGAGGGAAUUGCGAUUGGUCGGAGUGGGGAUCAGGUGGUGGGAGCACGCGACGCUACGGAGACCUGUCAGUACACGCUCGACCAUCAAGCCUGUGAGUUCGCGCGACGUUUUUCUUCCGUUAUCACUGUUCGUAAUAUUUCGUAUUGUUCACGUGUGCGCGUGUAUAUUUUCUUGUUUCUGACAUUUUUCUUCCGAGUGGCGAUGAAGUGAUCCACUUUCAACGUGCUACGAGCUGUAUUCUUCUGUAAAGAAGCAUGGAUCGACGCGGUAUCUUCUCCAUUUCGAUCUUUUGCUUGCUGAUCGCUCUUACUGUCGCCACCGUUACCAGUCCGUCGGAGAAGGCGUCGUUGGGAACCGUUGCCGUUAUAAAUCCUGAAAGAAGAAACGCAAGCAGCGUCAUCAGCCUGGAGGAUGAGGGGGUCGCGGUUGGCUCGCGAGGUGAGGUCGAACGGAUCGAGAACGAAGAGCAGGAGGAGGAGGAUUACGAGGGCGAGGACGAGUACGAGGACGAGUUGAAGGCCGUGGCCGAGUCGCACGAGGCGAUGUCGAGGGACGACACUAGGAAUUCGAACGUCUCCGCGCCAUCGUCCACGCCACCAAUCGCUGACGAUAGGAUCUCGUCUCCCUCCAACAACUUCGACUCGCGCGAAGUGAUCGCUGUCAAUAACAGCUCCGACGAAGAUGUCGCCUCGAACGAGGCCAUAACCGACGAGAUCGUCGACAAGUACGACCAAGAGGUGGUCGAGCUGGCGAAGUACAAGAAGGAGAGGAAGUGGAACGAGAGCGAGGGUAACCGGACGAAGGCGAAGCGCGUGCCCACCGUGAAGAAGGAGUUGAGCACGCAGAAGGAGAUCCUGAUCGGGAGCAGCAACGAGACCCGGGUGUCGUCGAAGAGUCUGCCCCCAUCGGAGGUGCCCGUGAAUCGGUUGAACGAGCAACUCGAGCCGAUUCGAAGGAGGAACGUCGAGCCGGUCAAGUCGGAGAGAUCGCGGGGCGAGGAUGAGAUCGUGGUGGGCGACGAUCGAUACUCGAGCGAUACGAAGAAAUUGGACAAGAGGCAGGAAACGGCCCUCAAGGAUCUGAAAUCCUACUUGUUGGCGGAGUACGCGGCCAAGCAGCGGCAAAAGCUUCGAAAAUUUGGGGUGAGAGAAAACUUUGUCGGUAAUUUUUUUCCUGUGCGAUCGACAGUGAACAGGGAAGACGAGCUGAAACUGUCCAGAGACGAGUUGGAGCCAGACAAGCGCAGCUACCAGCCCACCUCGAAUCUAUUCUCAACCGAAUCCACGACCGAGUCGAGGAAAUCGCGAAAAAAAUCGAAGAAGAAGAAGAAGAAGCAGCCUAAGCAUCGUCUCUCCACGACCCCCUUGAGUUCCGUGCCGGCCACGCCUCCGCUGUUGACCACCACAGAGAUACCGUGGCAAACGACGCCUGUCCAGUGGCGUCUGAUAGCGGAGAGACUGUUUGGACCCCCUUGGGAACAAGAUGUUCACGAGCAAGGGACCAGCCACUCUUCUUCGCAAAAUCCAAGAAGCCUGACCUCUAUCAGAGACCUGAUCGAGGAGGACAAGUCGAAACCGAAGAGUUUUCCAUCCGAUAGAAAACCGAUAUUGGCGAACCAAGCUGGCGAACUUGGCAAUCAAAGGCUGAUGCGGUUUGGCAAGAUUGGAAAUCGUCAGCCUGGUCACGUUCAACCACGCAGAGAGUUCGCGAGCGUGUACGAUAGGCAUACAGAUCCAGAACGAAUGCCGGAUUACGACAUACCGGAAACGUACCAUCGGCCGCGAUACGAUCAACUGUCGCCGGCGUCGAGAGAGCUGCUUCGAGGCGGGGAGGAGGACUAUCGAGGGGACUUCAACGUUCAAUCGGAUGGAUAUAUUCCCGUCGAUCGGGAAUACGAGCCGCGGGAUUUCCGGUUGAGCAAGAGCUGGCCGGACCUCUCCACCUACGCUAGAGGAUACGAUCCACCCUGGAGAGCCGAGGAACGCCCCCCGUUGCCCCUAACUUCCGAGAAGUGGUCUUGGAGGGAACCACCCCCUAGCGGGAACAAGUAUUGGCCUCAGCGUGUAAAUUUCCUACCCGUGGAGAAGAAUUACUGGUCCACGUUUCGCAACGAGAUAGGGGAGCAGGCGAGCAACGAGAACAAGAUGUGGCAACAGCAACGGGAUGUUCAUUCGAGUUGGGACGGGUCGAGUUGGCCAGCGGAGAAACCUUUGUCGAAACCGGUUGUCGUCUCCCCGUGGCAGCAAGCCGUGGAUACGAGGCCUGUGAAAUCGUCGUACGAUCAUCAUCAUCAUCAUCGGCAGGCGGCGGGCAAGAAUCGAUCCGAGCCGGGUAAAUCGUCGGCUAAGGAGGAGGAGGGGGGGGAGAAGAAAGCGGGGAGGCCGCAGAUCACGAUGAAAACUUGGAACAGUUUGACCUCGGACCCGGCCACGUGGCCGCACAAACUCCCGGGCGCCAAACCGUGGCCGAAGGACGAGAACGGCAAGUCGUACAACCCGAACGCCGAUUUGGUGAAGAAGUUGGGGUUGGACAAGCAGAAAGACGGCGGCUCGUGGUCGAACGAGGGAGGCGAGAAGUCGGGCGGUGAGAGGAAAAAGGACGGGAGGAAGGAGGGGAAAAUGGGCGAGGGGGGAGAGGCCUCUACGUACAAGUCGAGGGACUCCGAGUACAAAGGGAGAUCGGAGGGAGAUUCGAUGAAAUCGUGGCUCUCGGAUUCGAAGAGCUCGAGCAACGAGUGGAAGAGCGAAGGCAUGCAGGGAGACGAUUCGAACGCUUGGAGAGGGAAGUACGAAGGGAAGAGCGCUGCGUGGCGAACGGGGGACGAGGCUGCCCUGCCCAAGAUCCAAUCGGUGGGCGCGUGGGUAAUGGCAGCCGAUCAAUCCACUUGGAAGCCUUACCAGAUCAAACCCAUCGAGCCGUCCGACGAGACUGGUUCUCGAAGAUGGUCGGCCAAGCCUCUGAGCGGCAGGUCGUCCUGGAUGGAUAGAUCGGACGAUCCGUGGCCCGAUCGCUGGCCCGAGAAAUCGAGCAAACCGUGGUACGCCAAGACGAAGGAUCUGGUGGUGGACGGUUGGCCGUCGAGCAGCAGCAAGUCUGGCAACACCGACUCGUGGAAGGUGAAGGGAGAAUGGUUGGCCAAAAAUCCGGAAUCCUCCUCCUCCUCCUCCUCCUCCUCCUCCUGGAUAUCGAAAAUGGGCGGUGGAGAGAAGAAUUCGUGGGCUGCGAGGGAUGGUUCGUGGUCGACCAAGUCGAACGAGUCUUGGAACGAGUCGAGAACGAGCGAGGACGCGUCCAAGUUCGCGUGGCCCGUGAAGGCGAAGGAGGAGGAUGAUGGCUGGGCGAGGAAGUCGAGCGAGCGGGCCGGUUGGGGAGCGAAGGCCAACGAUCUGUCGCCGUGGCAGCAGAAGAUGAACGAGGAGUGGAGUUACGGGAAGACGAGCUCGACGGGCACGUGGCCCGCCAAGUGGAAACAGUUCGCCUACCACAGGGUAACCGCGAUGCCGAUCUCGAAGCCUGGGACCACGGCCGACGCCGCCUCGCCCAAGUCGAAGAACAACGCUUUCGUGGCCGUGUCCGCGGUCUCCUCGCCCAAGUACGGCGGGAACGAGUGGAGGAAGAACGAGGAGGACGCGAGGAGCGAGAACGAGAGGCGGGGGGGUGGCGAGGAGCAGGAACGUUCGAGCAACGGGGUGCAGGUGGGCCUCGAGCGACCCAUCUACGCGUGGAAGAAGGAUACGAGCAAAGGCAACGGCACCGACCCGCUCGAGAACCAGUUGGAAGCACUCAGACAGAUUGACUUCUGGUCCUACAAAGAGAACGAGGCCGAGAAGAGGCUGACGUCAACGAGAGCAAGCACGGAGACGACGUCCUCGGCCCCCAAGAACAACUCGACCACGACCACGAUGCAUCGUCGAGGGCCCCUGAUCACCGACAAUGGGAACGGCUUGCUCGAAACCAAUCGACGGACGAUCUCGAUGAAAUAGAUCGAGGCUCCAUCCCUAAGAUCCUUGAUCUUGUUGGGUGGCGUCUGUUCAGUCGACAAUAGGCUACGCGAAGUCUCCGAGCAAUUUCCAACGGCUCUCUGGCUCUCUGCCAACAUCCACCUAAUCCUUUUUUGCCCAGUAACUCUUCGAUAUCGUCCACAAAAUACCUUUCUUUUCCCUUUGUUUUUGUUUUUUUUUCUCCGUUAUUAAUCAUCUUGUUGUUUAUUUGUUUGAUAUCGUUUUUGUAUCACUUUUUAUUUUGCUUGUUAUUCUUUUACCUCUGUUUUUUCUACCUCUCUCACUCUCUCUCUCUUUCUUUUUUUUUUUUUUUUUUUUCUUUAAUGAUUUCUUGGAAAGAACUAGCAUCGUAUCUCGUAGUGUCGUUGAGUCUUGAUGACCCUUGUGCCAUAUUUGUCGAGCGUACGUGGGCGUGUAAAAAGAAUCAAUGGCUCGAGGAAAUGUUACUUCUAAAGGGAGAAAGAACGGAAGGGAAAAUCUUGCUUCAAUUCUUUUUUUUCGUUUUUAAUUCUUUUUUACACCGAGCUUUUUUAUAUUUACAAAAGCCUCGGCAUCUUUCCUUCGCUCCACGAUAGCUAUCAAACAGACACAGUUAAUUUUGGUAACGAGGAUCCUCGUGAAUUUUUUUCAACCUCUUUAACUCGCUUUAAUUCUUCUGCGUUUUUCUCUGUCCCACUUUUCCUUUCUUUUUUCCAUCCCCCCCCUUUUUUUUUUAUACUCAGCCUGAAUUUUUUAUACACCCUGAAUUUUCAAAAGCAUUUUCUCAAUAGCCGGUAUUCUAACUGAAACCCUCCUCCUCCUCCUCUUCUUCUUCCUCUUGAACUUUAUUUUUAUUUCUUGCCUCUUGAAAUCCGGUAAGAGAAUGAAUCCUAAAAUUCACGAUCGGAGAAAGAUUUUUCCGUCGAAGAAUUCUCUUUCCUUCGAAAUCGAAAGAAAUCGACCAGUUGCGUUGAUCGAAACGUUACAAAAAAACGAACUCGAGACUAUUCGAUUCAACGUUGAAAAAUUUUUUCAACAAUAUUUACCACCUAUUUUCAAUCCGCCUCUUUCGAUUCGAAGUUCUUCAAUCCCAAAACAUACAUAGCCCGAGACCAUACAACCGCCUACGACGUCCAUUUGCAAAUUCGCGGAGCGGAGAUGAGAAUUAUUCUAGUCGAGUCGCAUGAUAGAUUAAUCGCUAUCGUCGAGAUAUAUUUAUUAAAUUGUUCGAGGUCGAUGGGAGGAGAAAAUGUUAAUAAUAAAUCGACACGGUGUACCACUUUUCGAAGGGGUUAAACGUAAGAGCUUGUACGCUUUUGCAACCACGGGAACUGUAACUUCGCUGCGCAGAGAGUUUAGUAGGAAAUCGAGCGAAUAUUUUUUCUACGGGACUGAAAUUGUCGAUGUUGCGACGGCCUAAUUGCCGUUUCAUCCAUAGGAAACUGUACACAACCUUUCGAGUGCCCUUAACGCAUCGCAACUUGCUUCCUCUUCUCCGUCGAAAGAAAGAAAGAAAGAAAGAAAAUAGGCGAAAGUUGGGGGGGAGGGGGACGAAUGGCACGUGUGUGGAAAAAUUUCGAAAGUGUUCAGCGCGUACCAACGAUUCUUUGUAGUUCAACACCGUUAAGUCGGCCAUCUCUUCGUUCACUUAUCGGAAACAAUGUUAUUAUAAUCGGAAUAAACGGGAAGAGUCGAUGACAAUAUUUGAUAAGUGACGUUAAAGGAUAAAUAAAGGAGGAAGAGAAAGAGCUUCGAUAUACGCCGCGCUCGAGGAACGAAAUAAUCGAGCUCGUUGUCCGUUUGUAAGAUAUAAAAUAUAAAUCGUUGUUGGAUCUUGAUCUAAGAAUCUGGAUCCUAUAGUUUCGCGAUAACUUUUGCGCCACGAUACUCGUUCGUCGAGCAUGGUUCCGUCUCGAUAAUUUUCUUAUCGAAUCGAAAUAAUAGAAUAAUAGGGGGACGUUCGUUCAGAGAAGAGAAAAAUUUGAAUUGUUAAAAUUUUAAAAUUAAUUCGAAUACGAAUAAUAGGAAAACGAAAAUUUGAGAGCACUCUUUGGAGAUAAAUUUUCUACGAAAAAUAAAAAAAAAAGAAAAAAAAAAAAAAAAAGAACAAUAGAACGUAUUGUCGUAAGACGUCGCCUUCGAUUUACAUAUCAUUUGUAUUGAAUUUUAUUUAUCGUUGGUCGAACUUGCUCAGCUUAAAAAGCUGUAAAGCUGGUGAACCGUAGUGGAGGGUGAAUUUGGCGAGUGUAUCGAUUAGAAACAGCGAACGAACGAACGGACGGCGAAGAGGAAAAUUAGCGGAAAAUUGAGCCCGUGGCCAUAUCACGUGUGGUGAUAAUUCUCGCGUAGGACCAGAGACUGUGCGUCGAUGUGUAUAUAAAAUGCGUUCAAUUAGUUUUAUCGGUCCUUGUUCAAAAGAAAAAGAGAAAUUGAUAAGCGCUCGGUUGGCGUGCCGGCGCAUGCUACUACCUAGUAUCAGAUUUAACUUCGUCUACGAAAACAUCGAUUCGAGAUGAUUCGAGUCGCGAAUCAUUGAAAUUUAAUAAAUCGAGUCCGCGCAAAUUCGAAAGUUGGAUCGAUCUCCCGGUCGAAUCGUUUAUCGAUUCGAAAAGGAGACAGCCCGCGCCGAUUGUUGUUGAUCGCGAAAUGAUGUAAAUAUUUAACCGCUUCACGGUUUGAAAAUUGAGAAGCAAAGAUUUCGAGACGCGAAACGAAAAAAAAGAGAGACGAAAGAUUUUAAUAAUGAGAGGACAGCGAAAUAAUAUUAACGAGGGUGUGUCGAACGGAUCGAACGAAAUUUCUACGCUCCAAAACCGAGUCAUUUGAAAACUUUUAAUAAAUUGGAAUUUAUUAAAAGUGUGUGUGAUAUGAUUGCGUAAGAGAAAAUCGACGUAAAAAAAAAAAAAAGAAAAAAUAUUUUUAUCCGACUUCGAUUUCGAAUGUCGAGUAAUGUUUUAUUUAAAGAGGAGAAGAGAGAUUGGCGAAGAAAAGAGAAAAGCGAGAUCGUCGUCGUUCGAAUGAAAGAUUGAAAGAUACGGAAAAGAUGUGAAGAUGGUACGAAUCCUAGGUGGAUGGACUAGCGCAAACCGGAAGUGGAGCAUAGAUACGCACACACGCAUACACAGUUGUACGCACACGACAGAGAGGAAUAGAAGGGAUGUCGUAAGGGUACGCUGAUAUAUCUCCUCGAAUUUUCAGAAUUCAUGGAAAUUCAUGUACCUUUAUAGAAUCCUCUGUAUCUACCCGUACGUAGGAUAUUCGAUUUAAGGAAAAUGAGAGAAUAAAUGUCGUACGUUGUA